AUGUAUCAUCUCCCAGAGGGCGGCAUCGACCCAAAGAACAUCUCAAUCGAAUGUAUGGGUCCAAUCAUGGAGCCUUUGGACUUUAUGUCCGAAGAGAACUAUGGGUCGACAUAUCCAGAAACGAAAGAGGGAAGAAUGCCGGAAGUUUUGAGGGUUUCGCUCUCUUUCAAAAAUGUCGCCAUGCCGACUAUCCAUCUUGUCUCAUUGGUCUCGCCGGUCAUUGCUGGUGUCGGACAACAAACCCAGCAGGCUAAAGCAACGUUAAAAAAUGUGAAAGGAUGGCGUCAGGGCUUUUCCCUUGGAAGGCUUCCAAGGACACUCAGAGAUGCAGCCAUGAUAACCCGCCGUCUUGGAGCUACCUCUGGAUCGAUAAAUCUUUGCAUCAUACAGGAUGACAAGAGCGACUGGGAACGUGGAUCUAGCAAGAUGGCAAGCAUAUACCAGAACUCCUUCCUCACAUUGGCGGCUACUGGGUCUGCUGAUGGUGACUGCGGCUGUUUCGCAGGUUUUCAUGAGAUUCCUUAG